CACCGCCAGCGUCGCAUCCGGUCCCUGGCAAUUGACGUGCCGCCGACCUCUUGGAAUCCCAUAGUGCGCGUCCGUUCGCCGUCUACAUCCAAGCCGCCCGUUGCAGUUUUUUGUGUUUUUUUCGGCUUCCCUGUUUACCUCCCCGUUUGCCUUCCCUUUUCUUCCUAUCUAUCUACUCUCGGAAAUGAGCGACGCCGAAGACCCAGACAACGCCACCGCCAUGGCUGCGGCAAUGGGAUUUUCCAGCUUCGGUGCCCAACAGCCUAACAAGCGCCGCAAGUUCAAUCCCAACACGGACGCUUUUGUCGCUCCGAGCUCGUCCGUCACCUCCACUUCCAAUUCCGCCCUUCACUUCCAUCAGCAUAAUGAAGGCAACGGCCACACAGCAACUACUGGCUCCAACACGGUUCCUCUGGGCGUUAGGAAGAAGAAUAUGGACGAAAUUGAUCUUGAUGAUGACGAUGUUGUAGAACAACUUCCAUCAACCGGUCAAACGACCCAACCAGCCACGGCGGAUGACGAGGACCCUGAACCUCAGUACAUCGACACCUCGCGCCCGUCAGCACCUGUCAUUGCUGACCCCGCCGACCCUCUCCAGUCCAAGAUUGAUGCCAUAGUCGGGAGUUCGAAGGAGAUAUAUACUGCUCCACAGCUGCCACCAACUUACGUGGCCAGCGGCGGGUAUUCAAGUCAAGCCAGUCACGGCGGACGCCAGCACAAUAUGAACCGAGAUGGUCGGUCAGGCCCGAAGUGGUGGGAGGACUAUUAUGAUCCCACCUUCAUCAUGAACCCUUGGGAUGAACUCGAGAAGGUUCAUGGUUUGGAGCCUCGUGGAACCUGGAUAUCUUGGGAAGAUGCGAAGGCGGCACGAACAUAAGCCCUUUAUUCCGCUUCCAGCUCAGUUUCGGUCACUAUUUUGCCCGCAAAUAUUAAGACCCCCGGACUUGGCAUACAGUGAGUCAAGUAUUGAACCGGUCAUGAGCACAACUUGACGAACCGACUUACC